AUGUACUCACGUGUUGCUGCUGUCAAGGCACCCCGCACACACAACCGUCGCCGCGUGACCGGAUCCAGCGGAAGGAGGAGGGAAGGAAGAGAGAGUGAGCCGCAGAGGCCCGACAUGUCCUGGCGUGUGUUUACUUCCGCGGUGCUGCUCCUCCUCCUCGUGAUUAUUUGCUGCGGCAGUGGAGCUGCAGACGCUGUGGAGGGUAAGUCCGGGGCCGUGCAACUACCGAAAUGGGUCGAUAUUUUUGUGCCGGAAAAGACGCAUGUGCUGCCCAAAGAGGGGUCUGAAAGUGGAGUGAAGAAAGCAUUUGCUGCGCCUUCUCUUGUCAGUGCUGGUGGAGUAAUGGUUGCCUUUGCUGAAGGCUUGUUCGGUCAUAACGUCCAUGGAUAUGACUUGUUUGGGAUUCGGCCUUACGAAAUUUUGGCCGGGUACAUCAAGGCUGCGGAGUCGUGGCCGUCCAUUGUUGCUGAGGUCAAUGCUAGUACAUGGAGGGCACACACAGUUAUUGGCAGUAGGAAUGGCAAUGAUCGUUUGUGUUUUUUGUACCGGCCCACAGCAGUUGCAAGGGAAAAUAAGGUGUUUUUGCUUGUGGGAAGCGAUACCGUAGGAUAUGACAGCGAUGAUGAUAUGUGGGUAAAAGAUGGCUGGGACAUUCAACUAGUUGAGGGUGUGGCCACGCAGUCCACGGACGGCAAACCGAGUAAAACGAUCAACUGGGGUGAACCCAAGUCGCUUUUAAAGCAGGUCCCCAAACACACUCAAGAUCAGCUGAGGGAUGUUGUGACUGCUGGUGGUUCAGGCAUUGUGAUGCAGAAUAACACGUUUGUGUUUCCCCUGGUGGUGAAUGGGAAAAAUUACCCUUUUUCUUCGAUCACUUAUUCGACGGACAACGGCAACAACUGGGUGUUCCCAGAGAGCAUUUCUCCUGUAGGAUGCCUUGAUCCCCGCAUCACCGAAUGGGAGACGGGACAAAUUCUCAUGAUUGUUGAUUGCGGGAAUGGCCAGAGUGUGUAUGAGUCGCGUGACAUGGGGAAAACGUGGACGGAGGCCAUCGGGACACUCUCGGGCGUGUGGGUCAAGUCACGAUCAGGAUUCCGUUGGGACGAAGGCUUGCGUGUGGAUGCCCUCAUCACCGCGACCAUUGAGGGAAGGAAGGUCAUGCUGUACACUCAGAGAGGGUACGCCUCGGGGGAGAAAGAGGCCAAUGCCCUCUACCUUUGGGUCACGGACAACAACCGUACGUUUCAUGUUGGUCCCGUUGCCAUGGACAGCGCUGUGAAUGAGACGCUUUCCAACGCCCUGCUGUACUCGGAUGGCAAUUUGCAUCUUUUAAAACAGAGGGCCAAUGAAAAAGGCAGUGCCAUUUCACUUGCCCGCCUGACGGAGGAACUGAAGGAAAUCGAUUCUGUCCUCAGCACUUGGGCACAGCUUGACGCCUCCUUUUCCGCUUCGUCCACACCCACGGCUGGUCUGGUUGGAUUUCUGUCCAAUACAUCGUCCGGUGGCGACACGUGGAACGACGAGUACCGUUGCGUGGAUGCAUCCGUGACGAAAGCAUCAAAGGUUAAAAAUGGUAUCAAAUUCACGGGGCCUGGAUCCAUGGCAACAUGGCUCGUGAACAGCCGGGAGGAUAACAGACAGUACGGCUUUGUGAACCACAGCUUCACUCUUGUGGCGACGGUGACCAUCCACCAGGUUGCGAAGGGGAGCACUCCUCUGCUGGGUGCGGGUCUGGAUGCACCCGUCAGCACGAACUUCAUUGGGCUGUCGUACAGCAUGGAUAAAAAGUGGGAGACGGUGUUUUAUGGGAAGAAAACGACAUCGAACACCACUUGGGAGCUGGGGAAAGAAUACCAGGUGGCGCUCAUGCUACAGGACGGCAAUAAGGGCUCCGUGUACGUGGAUGGUGUAAUUGUGGGGAGCCCAGAGAAUAUAACAAAGCUUGGGGCGCUGGGACAUGAAAUCGCACAUUUCUAUUUUGGUGGGGACGAGGGAUACAUCAACAGCAGCGUGACAGUGACGAACGUCUUUCUGUACAACCGCCCACUGAGUGUCGGCGAACUAAAAAUGGUCAGGAAGAGCGACGAUAAAAAAGGAAACGGUGGCGGCAAAAAAGGAAACGGUGACGGCUCCAUGCGUGGGGGCGUGUCGCGGUUGCUGCUGCUGCUGGGGCUGGGUUUUUGCGCCUUUGUGGCCCUUUACUGA